AUGAAGCCCCAAACGUCGACAGUCAUCUUAGGGCUUUGCACUUCGGCCCUUGCCCUCCCUUUCGGUAAUAACCAAAACGAGAACCCAACCAGAACGACGCAGGCAUCUAAGCGUCAGGAUGUCGCAGACCCCAACUCCUCUGCUACGGCAGAAAACGCGGCCCCAAACCCCAUGAGUGGAUUCUCAUUCCCCGGGUUCGGCGGAGGCCAGUUCGGUGGUCAAACCCAGGGCGCUCAGAGCUCAGGUUUCGGAGGCUUCCCAGGAGGUGGAAGCUUCACUGGCGGUGGGGGCUUCCCCGGUGCCGGACAGGGGCAGGGCUCGUCCUUCGGUGGCUUUGGUUUCCCCACCUCCCCAACCCAAGGAGCAGAGAGUGAGGGCACUUCUCAAAAUGCCGAGCCCCCGGAAUCCGGUAACCUUCCUACAGGCGGAGGUUUCGGCGGAGGCUUCGGCGAAGGCUUCGGCGGAGGCGGCUUCUCAGGCUUUCCUAGUUCAUCAAGCCAGGGAAAGAACCAGAAGUCUCCCCAAACUACCGAAGCCCCAGCCUCUAAUAGCCCUUUUGGCGGUGGAAACUUCCCUAGUGGGGUUUUCCAAGGAGGUGGUGGCUUCGGCGGCGGAGGUUUUCCGGGGUUCUCCAACACUCCGAGCCAAGAUGCCUCAGCCUUCAGUAACCCCUUCGGUGGUGCUGGUGGUUUCCCCAGUGGAGGCUUCUCCGGAGGCGGUGGCUUCUCAGGCUUCGGCCAGGGCUCAGGUUUCCCGGGCUUCUCUAACGCUCAGGGCCAGGGACAGGGUGCAGAUGCUUCUCAAGCCGCCGAGCCCCCGGUCUCUACCAACCUUCCCGCAGAUGAUGGAGCUCAAGUAAGUGCCAGGGAAGCUAACAUCCCCAACCAAGGGGAAGACGAUGUUGUCCCGGAAACCUCUGCCCCUCCUGGCCAAGCCGUAGGCAAAGAUACCCCUCAAGGUACGGAAGCACCAGCUUCCAGUAGCCUCCCCGGAAGUGGUUUCCCUAGUGGAGGCUUCCCAAGCCAAGGAGAAGGUGAAGGUCCUUCACCAAGCACCGGGUUUUCUGGCUUCGGCCAGGAAUCUGAUUAUCCGGGUUUCUCUGACUCCUCCAACCAAGGAGGGUUCGGUCAAGGAGGAUUUGGUCAGGGCGGAUUCGGUCAGAGCGGGUUAGGUCAGGGAGAAUUUGGCCAAGGAUCAGAGUCUGGUUUCUCUAACCCUACAAACCAAGAGGGAGAAAGUGAGAACCCCUCCCAGAGCGUCACAGAUUCCCCGGAUGGAGGUUUCUUUGGAGCUGGUGGCUUUUCAGGCUUCGGUCAGCAAACCGGGUCUGCAGGUCCCACGGGCUUUACCACUCCCCCAAGCCAAGGGGGAGAGAAUGGUGCCACUCAGGGACAAGAAGAAACCGACGAGGCCCAGGACACUUCUGGUCUUCUCCCAGGAUUUCCAGGCAAUGGAGGUUUCCCGGACUUUCCGUGGCCGCCUGGCAACGACAACGAGACCGAUGAGAACGCCACGACCAAUGGGGCCCCGAGUCCCUACAACAAUGCUGCGACAGGCACGUUCUCAGGAUUUGGUGGACAGUCGUUCGGCCAACCCACCGGUUUGCCAGAUACCACUGAAGAUUCCGUGACGGAUGGACUCGUGGGCAUUAGAGGUGGCCAGGAUGUGCCAGAGACACCUGACGAUGCACCCGAGCCGGAGGUUGGAGCUGACGAGGAACAAGAAGCCUCAGCCUGA